GUGAGCACUCCAGUGGUUACAUCAACCACGCAGGAAAAGCAGAAGGACAGUGAUCAGUUUGAAUGGGUUACCAUUGAACAAUCAGGGGAAUUGGUGUAUGAAGCACCAGAAACAAUUGCUGCAGAACCUCCACCGAUCAAGUCAACAGUUCAGACUAUGUCUCCCAUACCCGCGCAUUCUUUGGCUGCCUUUGGUUUAUUUCUUCGUCUCCCGGGCUAUGCUGAGGUGCUGCUAAAAGAACGGAAACAUGCUCAGUGUCUGUUGAGAUUGGUGUUGGGAGUUACAGAUGAUGGUGAAGGAAGCCAUAUCCUCCAGUCUCCUUCAGCAAACGUGCUCCCAACUCUGCCCUUCCAUGUGUUGCGUAGUUUGUUCAGCACUACACCGUUGACUACUGAUGAUGGAGUACUGCUUAGGCGGAUGGCACUGGAGAUUGGGGCUAUACAUCUUAUCCUUGCUUGUCUGUCUGCUCUAAGCCACCAUGCACCAAGAGUGCCCAACUCUAGUUCCAACCAGGCAGAGCCACAGGUGUCAAGUACACACAACAGUGCAUCAACAGAAGAACAGCAGUUGUACUGGGCUAAGGGUACAGGCUUUGGAACAGGCUCCACAGCAUCAGGAUGGGAUGUUGAACAAGCUUUGACUAAGCAAAGGCUAGAAGAAGAGCACGUGACCUGCCUUCUACAGGUUCUUGCCAGUUACAUAAAUCCUGCAGGGAGUACAUCAAAUGGAGAGACCCAAACUAGCCAGGAGGGGAGAGGACAAAACAGCAGUGCUCUUCCAUCCGUUCUCCUAGAGCUACUCAGUCAAUCUUGCCUCAUCCCAGCAAUGUCAUCAUACCUCCGCAAUGAUUCAGAAAAAUGUAUCUGUCUGUAUAAGUCACUUUUAAUUGGGGAAGAACAGUCAGAUACUGAUAGAAGAGAUGAG